AUGGUUGCCCUGGUGUUUGGUGAAAGAUUUAAAUGGUUGACUUGUGGUGGAUCUAUUAUUACGCAGAGACACAUUCUGACUGCCGCCCAUUGUAUUGACCCUUACAUAGAUCGUUGGAGCCCAACUGGACUUAAUCCAUCAUUACGAGGGUCGAUUGGUUCAAAGUACUGGGUCUCUACUAAGUACAUGAUCGAAUUUCAAGGAUUUGUCAACCAUCCAAAUUGGAAUUCAUUUACGAUUAAAAAUGAUAUUGGCAUACUGAUAACAAAGAGAGAGAUACAGUACAAUGAUGCCAUCCAACCCAUUGCGUUGAAUCUAAAGUUUAUAGACCGUUCAGUGACAACUUUUGUCACCGGUUGGGGUGAUUUGGAGUUGUUUGGACAGACACCUGAUCGUCUACAGAUGUUAAUUACCAGCACUAUAACAUCUAAGCAGUGUGUAGCAGCCGUGAGGAACUACACUAGCGGCACAGGAGCAGGUGCACCUCCUUAUGAACCCAAAACGGAGAUUUGCACCUUACUCUCUAAGGGUCAUGGGAUGUGUCAUGGUGAUUCCGGCAGUGCUUUGAUGACCUACUAUGGACUUCGGAAGCAAAUUGGUAUUGUGUCGUGGGGAUUCCCGUGCGCACGCGGCGCUCCUGACUUUUUUACAAGAGUUAGCGCAUUCGUUAACUUUAUUUACGAUGUUGUGAGGCCAUUUUCAUUGCAAAUUCAAUAA